CGGGCGGCGAGUCACGUGAGGGCGCUCAGCUGACUGCCGGGCGGCGCGGCGCGGCGGAUGGCGCCGGCGGGCGCGGGGGGAGCGGCGCGGCCUGCGGUCACGAUGAACGGGGCCCCGCGGGACGCGGCGGAGCCGGCGCCGGUAUGGGAGCGGCCCUGGUCGCUGGAGGAGAUCCGAAAGGGCAGCCAGAGCUGGUCCUUGGCCUCGGACGCCGGGCUUCUGCAUUUUCUACAAGAGUUCUCGCAGCAAACCAUUUCCAGGACUCAUGAAAUCAAAAAGCAAGUAGAUGGAUUGAUUAGUGAAACAAAAGCCGCAGACUGUCGCCUUCAUAAUGUCUUCAAUGACUUUCUUAUGUUGUCCAAUACACAGUUCAUAGAGAAUAGGGUAUACGAUGAAGAAGUGGAAGAGCCUAUUCCCAAAGCUGAUGCCGGAGACAAAACAGAGCAGGAAAAGACACGGGAACAGAAAGAAGCUGAUCUGAUCCCCAAAAUCCAAGCAGCAGUGAAUUAUGGGUUGCAAGUUCUGGACAGUGCGUUUGAACAGCUAGACAUCAAAGCAGGCAACUCUGACUCAGAAGAGGAAGAAAGUAACGAAAGGGUGGAACUGAUACUUGAGCCAAAGGAUCUCUAUAUUGACAGGCCUUUGCCUUACUUGAUUGGCUCUCAGCAGUUUAUGGAACAAGAUGAUGUUGGCCUUGGAGAUAUCUCUAGUGAAGAAGGAUCAGUAGAUAGUGAUCGUGGAAGUGUAAUUGACAGUGAAGAGAAGGAUGAAGAGGAAUCAGAUGAUGAAUUUGGAAACCCUAGUGAAGAUGACCAAAAGACGAGGACAGCACAGAUGAGUGAUGAAGAUGAUUUCGAUGGCUGUGACCUCUUUGACUCUGAAAAAGAGGAAGAUGAAGAUGGAGACUUAGAUGAAAGCACAAGGCCUAAAAAGAAGAGGCCAACAUCAUUUGCAGAUGAGCUGGCAGCCCGAAUCAAAGGAGAAGUACCAGUCAAACAGGAUGAAGAGCGUUCAUCCCUGUCAUCAGAGACCAAAACAAGAAAAACCCUGAAAGAGAAGAAGGAAGUUAGAGUUCCAUCAGAUGAUGAAGAUGAUGACAUCUUCAAGCCUCCGAAGCUGACUGAUGAAGACUUCACACCAUUUGGUUCUAGGGGUGGCCUCUUCAGUGGUGGAACAGGUCUCUUUGACGAUGAAGAGAGUGAUCUUUUUGCUGAAGCACCAAAAGAAGAAUCAAAAGAGAGGGAGGAACGAGUCCCAAUAAGUGAAGUGUCCUCUACAAAGUCCUUAAAGAAAGUUCCUGCAGGUGCAGUAUCUCUCUUCCCAGGAGGAAGUGAUGUAUUUAGUUCCACUGUAAUUGUGGAAAAAGACAAGAAAUCUGCAGCACAGAGCAUAGAGAAAACUCCUAAACAGCCUGGGAAAGUUGUUCUGUUUGAUGAUGAUGAUGAUGACUUCUUUGUGGGAGCAACCAAAAAGCCUCCAGAUUCAGUCAAGUCCACAGCUGACUUAUUUGAUGAUGAUGAAGAAGGUGACUUAUUCAAGGAAAAACCUGCCAUUCCUGCUGUGGUUGCUGGCACAACUAAAGAAACAGAAAGUCAUAGGGAGACAGUCAUGGAAAAAAAGAGUCAACCAUCUUCAGGUGAGGACUUCAAACCUUUACCUGAAAUGCCUCCAAGAAAACAGAGGGGCCUCUUCUCUGAUGAGGAGGAUUCUGAAGACUUGUUUUCAUCAAGUAAAACUGUGAAGUCCAAAGCGAUAUCUCUCCCCACCAGCAAGUCCAUGACAAAAGCUCCGCUGUCUUUGUUUGAUGAUGAUGAAGAGGAUCUCUUUGGUGUGGUACCUGCCAAGAAGCAACAGGAAAAACCCCCAGAAGAGAAAGCAAAACAGUCAGAGCCACUCAAGAAAGCCUCCAGCUUAUUGUUCAGCAGUGAUGAGGAGGAACACUGGAAUGUCUCCAAGCCAGCUAAACUUCCUUCUGAAGAUGACCAAAAAGAGGACCCUGCAAAACCAGCUAGUGCUGUCAGUCAGGCUAAAGCUGUGAAGAAGACGAGCCUCUUUGAGGAAGAAGAUGAGGAGGAUCUAUUUGCAAUCACUAAAGAGAGCCAAAGAAAACCACAGAAGGUAUCGUUGUUGUUUGAAGAUGAUGCUAUUAAUGGAGAAUCGCUCUUCAGCUCCCAAUCAACGCUACUUCCUUCAGCUGCUAAGGCUGCAGUGGAGAAAGUAAAACCAGCACAAGCACCACCUUUCUUUAAUGAAGAAGAAAAGGAGGAAAAGGAAGGUCUGCCAGAUAGAGCAGUGAAGUCUAACCAGGUAGAAGAUACAUUGCGGUGUUUAAAAGAGCCUGGAGCAGUUCCUGUGCCUAGAGGAGCAGAUGUUGCAGGGCAGCAAACAAAGGAAAAACCUUUUGCAGCAACAUCCCCAGAGCCAGCCAGCAGCUCGGAUCUGUUUGCAACAUCACCACCAGCUCUGGAGAAAGUCGUCAAGUCCCAAGCUAAGAAAGUGUUAAGCUUGUUUGAGGAGGAGGAAGAGGAGAGACUGGAAGAUGAUAACGGCAUUAAAAAUGCACAGAAAGAAAUUGGUGUGGCUUCUGAGAAAAGUACUCGGCCCAAAAGCACUGGAGUCUUUCAAGACGAAGAGCUCCUCUUCAGUCACAAACUUCAGAAGGACAAUGAUCCAGACGUCGACCUCUUUGCCAGCCCAAAGAAGUCAAUGUCUGCAAACCGUAUCCUGAAGCCAUCAUCUGGAGGAGGCCUUUUUGGGGAUGAUGAUGAGGAUGAUCUCUUCAGUACUGCUAAAACGAACCUUCCGAAAAUAGCUGAGAAGAAAACACUUAAGGCCAGUACUGGCCCUUCCUUGGAGAGCAGUAACCUUCUACAAAAUGCUUUAAGUGCCAAACAAGAUGAAGCUCUGAAGGCAGUAACUACAGAGUGUAAUUUUGUGCAGAAGUCUACAGGUCCUGUUCCCAUUAAAACCAAAGAGCCCUCAUCUCGGAUUGGAGAGCUACAAGCUAACUUAGCUAUUAACCCUGCAGCCUUACUACCUGGUGCAAUGCCUAAGGUCUCUAGUAUAAAGUCCCCCUUACCAGUUCUGGACACUCCAUUGCAUGAGCCCAAGGACGUACGAAACAGCGAAGCCUUCUCUGCUGCAGGAAACAAUGAAGAACUAGGUGUAAGCUUUGAUCAGCCUAUGCAAGCGGAUACCUUGCACAGCGCCAAUAAGACCAGGAUCAAGGUUACAGGAAAACGAAGACCUCCUAGCAGAAUGGCCCGCCGUCUAGCUGCCCAAGAGUCUGAAGAGAGUGAGGAGGUGGACAGUGCUAAAGAAACACAAUUCUCUCUACCAAAACAGAUGUCAGCAGUAGUGAACAUAAAGGAGCCUCUUGCUACUGAAGCAGAGUCCAAGAAAGACGGCUUGCUUUCUGGCUUGUCACUACCAGCUCAUGGCAGUGUUUUGUCUGCUGGGACAAACAAACUCCUUCCUUCAGAAUCCACAGACCAAGGGAAUGAUCUGUUUGAAUCAGAAGACCUUUUUACAAGCAGCUCAACAUCCAGACCAGUUGCACAAUCAAACUUAAAGGAGGGAAUGCCAGACAGUGUGGCUAAGAAACCUGUCAAGGGCAGGGAGAAGAAGCCUGAUCUGUCUGUUCUGGGUGUUCAGGACAGCAAUGAUCUCUUCCAGCCUGUACAGCAAAAAUCUUCAACAAAAAGCAGCCCUAUACCUUUUUUGGAGGAAGAGGAAGACUCUCUUUUCACCUGUCAGAAAACUGGAAGAAAGGAGUUGAAAUCUGCUGUCUGGCAAGCUGUUGACCCUACUGCCCAAGAUAUCUUUGAGGAUGAUAUAUUUGCUACUGAGGCAGUUAAACCAAUGAACAAAGCAAAAGAGAAAAUGCCAGAGACUAACCUGUUUGAUGAUAACAUUGAUAUUUUUGCGGAUCUCACCAUAAAACCAAAAGAAAAGAAGACCAAGAAAAAGGUGGAACAAAAAUCCAUAUUUGAUGAUGAUAUGGAUGAUAUCUUCUCUAGCAGCCAAGUCAAGAUACCCACUCCCAAAAGCAGAUCUUCCCAAGCAGCCUCAGAAGCAAAAUCUGAAAGCAAGACACUGAGCACAUUUGAUGACCCUCUAAAUGCCUUUGGAGGCCAGUAGCCAAGGGGAGUGUGUUGCAGAGAGGAAGCCUUCCUUAUGCCCUGUCCAAUACUAACACUCUGGAUCCUCUAAUCCAGUAGAGCUGAAAUGAGAUCGUUGUGGAUAUUAAAUGAGAUUAUCCAUUUGAAAUGGUUAGUAUUCUCUUGUGCUGGGUAUAAUUGUGCUAAAUGAUUUAUUUUUUAAAAAAAGACAGUAACCUCCUGCUAUCUUGUUUCCAUGGUGCCCAGAUGAAUAUAGCCUGUGCAAUACCUGCAAUGAAGUAAUCUAUUAUACAAAGUAUAGUUUGUUUUAUUGAACAGAUCUAUAAAGAAAAUAAUUGGUAAACAGUAAAUGGAGUCUGCUAAACCA